AGACCCGUUCCUCUGACAAAGAGAUUCAUGAAGUUCUCGGCCCUUGAUAAGUGUAAGCUAAUCCAAACUUAUCAAUUAUUCUUUUCCGUUCCAUUUGGUCGAGGCAUAUGCGAUGAGAUCGUUUCUACGAUUUCUCAAUACGUCUAGCCGGUCUCUAAUUUCAUCGCGUAAAGGGUUUGUUAGACUUCUGAACGACUAUGAAUACGAGUUCAGCAAAAUAUUGAAGUCUACUUUGCGACAAUCCUUCAACUUCAACCUGCUACUAGACAUGUGGACGUCCUAAAGCCAAAUGAGCUAUUUAGCCGUCAUGAUAUCAUUCUGCCCAAUUUUGAAAAAGAAGUCGUGCUAUGACUUGGUUAUUUCAGCGAAUCAGGACACGCACGUCCUAAAUUUCAUAGACAUGUGUGACAAAAGGCACACAGGUGAAAACCUUAAGGCUGCCUCGUUGGAAUGUCUCGCCAAAGAUUCGAUCAGUCACAAAAAUAUUACCAUCACCCUAGACAAUGGGUCCGACAAUAUCUCAAUGCUUGAGAGCCUCGAUGAGGCUCUUGAAUUAGGAUUCAACGUCGCUGAAUCUAGAGCUGUCACAAAAAUACGGUGCAUGAACCAUGUUUUGAAUCGCGUUUUUGUUGAAUUAUUCAAAGCCUUUGAAAUACAUUACUCUAGCCUGCUCUCAAGAAUUGACAAGAUCUCAUACCAUACCAACAGCAACGUUUUUGUCAAGGAACAACUUAGAGCCUACCUACCCCGCUCUAUUCCAAAGUGUACAGCCACCGAAUUUCUUUCACGCUAUCGCCGGCUCCAGACCUUCCUCAAAGUAUGCAGACAAGUUGAGAGAUUCAAUUCCAGUCAUUGGCUUCAGACGAAAAUUGAAUUGAGAUCAGAAGAUGGCCCUGUCUCUGUUACAAUAUAGAAGAAAUCAAAUCUGUGACGUUUUCCGUUCGCAUAACGCGCGUGUUCGGGAAGUUCACCAUGCUUCUCCAGAUUGACUCGACCAACGCCGUUUUGAAUGUAAUCGACUACUACAGAGCUAUAAAUUGAUACUACGACGUCAUUGAAACUACACAGAAAGGCUCACUAGAUGUGGAGACAUUACAGGGAGUUGGGCUUGCACUCACUGCCUUGCCUCCCAACGGAAGAAUGAGAAAAAAAAAUACCUGACGCGGUGGCUAGCCUGCGUCCCAAAUUCGACAAAUAUCUGAGUAUCGCUCAUAAGGAGACUGGAUAUUGUGUUGCUCACAAAUUGUAGCCACAUCGCAAGCUAGACUUGCUAAACGCAACCUCCAAUGAAACCUUACUAAACGAAGUUAUGAGAACGACUAAACGUUACGUAACGAGUUAUUGUAAACAGUUUGUCGAGGGUACAGAAGAUGCUCUGGGGACUGAAGAUCAAGGGACCCCCAAUGGAUCCAUCUUUAGACAUCGGAGACGAAACGUCAUAUCAAUACUCCUCGAUCACGGCGAGCAGCAAACAAGACUAAUGGGGAUCGCUUCAGUCUUGGGAGAAUGGGGCUUACCUGAGAGAGUCAUCUGAGAAAAGCAGAACAUAUUUGGACUACUGGCCAAAGAACCAGAGCCGCUUUCCCGCAAUUUGCUCACUUGCCGUUUCUUUCUACAACACAAAAUUAUCGACUGCUGGCGUUGAGAGAUCUUUAUCCAUCAGUUAGAGGGUCCUGGACAAUAGGUUCUCGCUGUUGAGCUCGAACUUGAGAAACACGUUGGUGAUGAGAGCCCGAAUGAAGUGCUUUGGUACAUGUUCGGAAAUGCCAGUCGUCGAAAGCAUUCCCGUAGAGCGGACAAGUGAAGAUACUGACCUGAGCUCAUCUUGCCUUUCAGACUCGUCUGCAAUCAACGAUGAUGACGAUCAGAUCUUAGAGGACAAGUCCAGUAACGAGAGUGGUAUUGAAACCGGGCUUUAA